CUCGUUUCUUCGCAUGUGCAAGACUUCGGCGGGUCCCGCAUUUCCCCAGUUCCCCAACGACGACCAUCCUCUUCAGCACUGCCAAAAUCGCGGUCACCAGGUCGGCCGAUAUGUCGCGUGUCGUGCUCCGGCGAGCGGCUUUCGCGGCCGCAUUGCGCCAGCCAUUGUUCCUCGAGAGAUCGUUGGGAUCCCCCCUUCCCUUGAGUGUGCGCCCCAUCGCUUCCGUGGCCGAGCCGUCCUUCUGGAAGUCUCUUGUGCCGAAGCCCCUGCGGUCUCGACCGGCGACCGACCCCAAAAAGAAGCGCAAAACGCAGCAGGGCUGGAACCCAGCCACGUUCUUCAUCUUUAUCUUUUUGUUUAUUGGGUCCAUGUCCAUCCAGAUGAUCGCGCUCAAGAAGAACUUUGCGACCUUCAUGCGCCAGUCCGACGUUAGGAUCGGGCUGCUCCGCGAGGUGGUGGAGAAGCUGCAGAGAGGCGAGAAGGUGGAUGUGGAGCAGGUCCUGGGCACGGGCGACCCUGAGAAGGAGCUGGCGUGGGAGGAAGGUUAGCAGCCACCGAGAAACGUGGUUACGGCGGACAACGCAGGAGUGCUGAUGGACGCCACAGUUCUGAAAGAAAUCGAGCGCGAAGAAGCGAUGAAGAGCCCGCGGAAGAAGCAAGCAGAGCCGACCCCGGCGCCGAGCCCC